AAUUAUAUUUGCUUUGGGAUCUCUCAUCUCUGCCUUCAAAUCUGAAACUUAGAACUCUGUUUCAAAUUUACUUACAAAAGCUAUGGCGUCGACUUCAACAUCAUCUUUAAUGUCUUCUAAAACUAUAAUCUCAAAAACAGCUCUGUUUUUCUCUUCACCGGGGAUAGUCAAACGAAGUUUCUUAUCAUUCUCACCAGCUUCUCCUUCGGUUAAGCCUUUAAGAACAAGAUCUUCAAAUGCCACUAAGUUCAAUGAAGUAACGAGCAGUGUCGACGAAGAUAUGGACCAGAUUCGACGGUUGCAAAACGGUUCUGAUGUGAGAGGAGUCGCAUUGGAAGGAGAGAAAGGCAGAACUGUUGACCUAACGCCUGCAGCCGUUGAAGCUAUCGCAGAGAGCUUUGGAGAAUGGGUUGCAGCAACUGAGGGUAAUCCAAAUGGUGUCAUCAAGGUUUCUCUCGGACGGGAUCCACGUGUUUCCGGUGGGAAGCUAAGUACAGCUAUUUUCGCCGGGUUAGGUCGUGCAGGCUGUUUAGCUUUUGACAUGGGUUUAGCUACUACUCCAGCUUGCUUCAUGAGCACGUUACUGUCUCCAUUCGAAUACGACGCUUCAAUUAUGAUGACGGCUUCUCAUUUGCCGUAUACAAGAAAUGGACUCAAGUUCUUUACCAAGAGAGGAGGCUUAACGUCUCCUGAAGUGGAGAAGAUAUGCGACUUAGCUGCGCGGAAGUACGCUACUAGGCAGAGUAAAGUCUCUACACUGAUCAAAACUCGACCGAAGCAAGUUGAUUUCAUGAGCGCUUACUCUAAGCAUCUUCGAGAAAUCAUUAAAGAGAGAAUCAAUCACCCUGAACACUACGACACUCCACUCAAAGGGUUUCAGAUAGUUGUGAAUGCGGGUAAUGGGUCAGGAGGGUUCUUCACUUGGGACGUUCUAGACAAGUUAGGAGCCGAUACAUUUGGUUCGCUCUAUCUAAAUCCAGAUGGGAUGUUCCCAAAUCACAUUCCUAAUCCGGAAAACAAAAUCGCAAUGUCACACACCCGAGCCGCGGUUCUUGAGAACUCAGCGGAUCUCGGGGUUGUGUUUGACACGGAUGUUGACAGGAGUGGAGUGGUGGAUAACAGAGGAAACCCUAUAAACGGAGAUAAGCUCAUUGCUCUUAUGUCAGCUAUUGUGCUAAAAGAACAUCCAGGGAGUACAGUAGUAACUGACGCAAGAACGAGUAUGGGGCUAACUAAGUUUAUAACUGAGCGAGGGGGGAGGCAUUGUUUGUACAGAGUAGGGUAUAGAAACGUGAUUGACAAGGGNGCAAAUAUCUAA